GGAAGGCCCUAAAAGGGUGCGCUCCUGUUCAGCGCACGGGAGCCAGAGUCUUUAUUCCGACAGGCACUAAAAUUCGGGACAGCAGAAAGGAGACCCUGCGAUGACACUGCUGAGCAGAGCGGAGCAGGCACAGCACGGACGCCCCAGGCCGACCUGACGACGGCCCGGCGCGACCGGACGAAGAAGGACCCUCGGCCUCCCGGCGCGCGACUGUCCCGGCUCCCGGGACUUAGCGCGCUCCCCAGAGCGAUUUUUUUCUCUAGUCUCCAAAACCGCCCUUAUGGCUGAGGUGAAGGUGAAGGUGCAGCCACCGGACGCGGAUCCGGUGGAAAUAGAAAACAGAAUUAUAGAAUUGUGCCACCAGUUCCCUCAUGGAAUCACAGAUCAAGUAAUUCAAAAUGAAAUGCCUCACAUUGAAGCCCAACAACGGGCAGUGGCCAUCAAUAGACUGUUGUCCAUGGGUCAGUUGGAUCUCUUAAGGAGCAAUACAGGCCUUUUAUAUAGAAUAAAAGAAUCUCAAAAUGCUGGUAAAAUGAAGGGGUCCGAUAACCAAGAAAAACUAGUCUACCAAAUCAUAGAGGAUGCAGGGAAUAAAGGAAUAUGGAGCAGAGAUAUUCGAUACAAAAGUAACUUGCCAUUAACAGAAAUCAACAAAAUUCUCAAGAAUUUGGAAAGUAAAAAGCUUAUCAAAGCCGUGAAGUCUGUAGCAGCCUCCAAAAAGAAGGUUUAUAUGCUCUAUAACCUGCAGCCAGACCGAUCUGUGACUGGUGGAGCGUGGUACAGUGACCAGGAUUUUGAAUCUGAAUUUGUUGAGGUGCUUAACCAACAGUGUUUCAAAUUCCUACAAACCAAGGCAGAAACAGCAAGAGAAAGUAAACAGAAUCCAAUGAUUCAAAGAAACAGUUCAUUCGCUUCAUCACAUGAAGUAUGGAAGUACAUCUGUGAACUCGGCAUCAGUAAGGUGGAGUUGUCCAUGGAGGACAUUGAAACCAUCCUGAACACACUCAUUUAUGAUGGGAAAGUCGAGAUGACUAUCAUUGCUGCAAAGGAAGGCACUGUUGGCAGUGUAGAUGGACACAUGAAACUGUACAGGGCAGUCAACCCAAUCCUCCCACCUACAGGCUUAGUCCGGGCACCCUGUGGACUCUGCCCCGUUUUUGAUGACUGCCAUGAAGGUGGUGAGAUUUCACCAUCUAAUUGUAUUUACAUGACAGAGUGGCUCGAAUUUUAAUAGAGAGCUGUGACGUUUACUAACAUUUGGCAAAUGAAUUACUUGGAGAACAAAUAAUUCAUGAUAGAACAUUCAGUUUCUUUGAAAGGACACUUCUAUAUAAUGGAUACUGACUUGCUGCUAUGAAAACAUAUUUAUUUCCAAAGAUGGAACACAAAGCAGAUGAAGUUUAAUAAAGUUUAAUAGCAAAGUCUCUUCUGAAGUAAGAAAAUAUCUUGAAGCUCUGGAAGACCAAGGAAAAAGAAGCCAGCAAACCUACACUAACCAAGUACUGUGAUAACAGCUUGAGCGUGAAGAUGACAUAUAAAAUUACUUCUUAAUGUCUUCAUUGGAACUCAUCAUAUCAGGUUUAUUGUCACCAUUUCUGUUGGUUCUUUCUUGGGUUUCAUUGAGAAGAAAUUACAAGUGGUGCAGGCAGGAACAGCUGAUGUUGGGAUGUGUGCAGACUUGGGGCCUGAAUAUAAAGUGGACAUCCCUUUCCCACACUGUCCGUCCCUCUUCACUUCAGCAGUAUUGUUUCAGAGGAGCGUGCUGCCACACUGACUUCUGUCCAGGACACAAGUUCAGAUCAGUGAUAUUCCAUCCUAAAGGGAAUAAUCUCACAAGUCCUUUUUUGUUAAGGUUGUAAAUCUCUCUGUAUGGCUUAAUUGUACUAUUUGCUGGAAUUUUUUUCAGAUUCUUACUUCAUGCCUAUAGUUUGACCCUCUCUGCCAGCAGCAUCAAAUUCAAAUUUUGUAAUCUAAUCCCCGUGUGCAAUGUGAUCAGUAGGACCUUUGGAAGGUGACAGAUCAUUAGUGUAGAUCUUCAUGAGUGGAAUUAGGCUUGUAUAAAAGAGACCCAAAGUAUUCUGUUGGCUCUCUUAUCAGUCGAGAGCACAGGGGAAAGAAUAAGGAAGUGGGCCCUUGUUAGACAGUAAAUCUACCAGCAUACUGGACUUCCCAGCUUUCAGAAUCAUAAUAAACCACCGGUUUAUAACA